UAGAAUUAAUCAUUCCAAUAGCACCAUUGAAAACUACACUUAUAUUUCAUUUGAUGAUAAAAUCUAUCCCCUCUCCUUUUUUGCAUCUAGUGAAACAAUCAUGUGACAACUGAUAUCAUGUAUUGGAGUAUCAGUUACAGCCCAUUACAGCCUCGCGGGAAAUGCCGAAAGGGUAGUGAAGGCUGUAAUAAGGAAGUUGUUGGUUUAAUCAUGUCAGUAUGUAAAUUCCCUCAAGUACUCUUGCAGAAAAGUUCAGUGAAAGAAAUCCAAUCGAAAAUCACAUGACAGAAGCGUUAAUCAAAAGUAUCAUUGUAAAAAAAAUUAAAUACCCAUAGGUUAUGCUCACUGCUUUAUCUGUCAAACAUUCCACAAAAUGGAGAAACACAUGCACUUGUGGAGAGGUGUUGACAAAUUGUCAUAUACUUUUGGAGAUAAACCAAAUGGCAUCAUUUGUAGAUUGGUUGCAAUUAAAGAUCACAUUUUUGUAGCAACUACCACUAAUAAUUUAUAUUAUGGUGAGGUAUCGGUUUUAGAAAAUAGCCCUCCGACAUUGGUUUUCAAAAGAGCUCAAUUUGAAGUUGUUGACAUAGCAUCCAAUUCGGAUUAUUUAUUUAUCGUAGAUAAUAAUGGACAUGUAUUGAAAGUAAAUCCUCAAGAUAUGAGCUUAGUAGAUACAAUAGUUCUAAAAGAAGAAGUUAAAUGUUGUAGGCAUGGAUAUAAACAAGAAAAUGAAAAUAUUAAAGUAAAAUCGAUAGCUGUUAGUGAUCAAGCUGCACUCUUUGUGACAGAAAGUGGACAACUUUGGGCUAGCGGAAAUCAGUCACAAAUAGAUAUUAAUAGUAUAGAACCUAAAAGGGUCAGAUUUUUUGAAGGUAGGACUGUAUCUGCUGUUGCAUGUGGUUCUAAUUUUAAUGUAGUUGCUGUUAGAAAAACAACAAAAGGCAUAAAGGAUGAUACUGAUAGUGAAAAUGAGUUGGAAGAAGAAGUGUUUGUAAAUUCUUGUCCUCAGUGUCUAAAUACUGUAUUAUUAAGUCCUACAAGCUUAACAUCAUCAGAUACUUGUCUAACUGGACUUCAUGCACAACAAUUUAGUGAAGAUCAAUCAACCAAUUCUAUUAGUGCUUUAUCAAUUACUAGUAAAGAGCAAGAUGCUAUUUCACCAAUAGAUGGUGUUAAAAAAGAGCAACAUUCUGAAGUAAUUGAAAAUGGAGAGUUAUGUUCUAGUAAUCCUGUGGAUUCAGACAAAGAAGAAAAAAGGAAUGUUAUUUUUAUAAAUACUGAAGCUGCAAGACAAUUUUUAACCAGGCAAUUAUCUUGGGUUUCAUCUUAUGGAAGUGUGAAAGAAGACAUACCCUUGGAAAAUGUUGAGAAACCAAGUAGAUUAAUUAAACAAAAUGUAUCUAAUGUAGCUAAUUUAGUAUAUGAAGGAGUAAAAAAUGUAGGUGGUAAAGUAGUUACGUUAUCAAGACACAUGAGUGGAAGUUCAGAUAUAAAUGAAUUCAAAGACGAUAUUGGUGAACAUUUUGAUGAACAAGGAGAAGAGUAUUUAAAACCUGCUGGUACUAGUUUAGCGCUAAGUUUACGGUGUGAAGAAUUUCCUUGGUCAUCUAGCACUGGUUCUUCAGAACAUGAACUAUCUCAACAAGGUUUAAAUGAAAGGAUUAACACAUUAACUCGUGCUGGGAGUAAUAUCCUAUCUACUGAAUUAUGGACAUGGGGCGAUGUGCAAUAUGGACAAUUAGGAACUGGAGAUAUCAUAAAACGCUCACGGCCAGUAUUAGUAGCAAAACUUAGUAAUACUGGACUUAGAAAAAUUUCAUGUGGUGCAUUUCAUGUACUUGCCUUGACAUUAGAUGGAAGAGUUUUUGCUUGGGGAAGAAACAAUCAUAAGCAAGUGACAUUGGAACCAAGUGCACACCAAAGUGCACCUCAAUUGUUCACCACUAAAUUAUGUCUAAAUGAGAGAGCUAAAGAUAUGGCUGCUGGUAGUUUUCACAGUUUAGUCAUGAUGCACCAUGGUCUAUAUUUUAUUGGACAAUCUAGUAAAGCUGGAGAAAUGUUUCAACUUAACAUUGAAACAAACACGGAAUGCAGUCCAAGACAAAUUUUUAGUUCAGGAGAAUAUAGUUGUUGCUCUGUAAUAAAUGAACCUGAAAUAAAUGUUUCUGAGGAUCUGAUAAACGAUCAAAUCUUCUUGGAAGAGAUAUUAAUCGUUUAUAAAAAUUUAAUUAAACCAUUCCAAAAGAAAGGAGGUGCUAUGCAAGAAUCAAAUGUUUACGAGACGUUAUGUCGAUGUUACACAGAGUUAUUAAGUUUCAGUGCCUUGAAUGUUAUUAGUCUAUGGGAUUAUUUUAAUCAUAUUGGCGAAACAUAUGAAGUAACAGUUGUUGCCAAUGUUGAAGAAUAUGUUACUGUGUACAGAUAUUACUUAAAUGCAGUAUGUGAUGUUAUUUCUUUGAGUGGAUUUACAUAUAUUGCAAAAAUAAUUGAAGUGCCACAAGUAAUAACAAAUUUAUUUAUAGAAAAGUUAAAAAGCAAUGAAGUUAAGAAAGUUACUAAUGAAAUUAUUAUCACAAUGGCAUUACAACAUCCACUGCAUAAAUUAAAUAGAUAUAAAAACAUGAUUUUAAAUUUAAUAAAGUGCAAUGGUACACGAAUGGGUGUAGAACGGUUACAGGAAGCUUUAAUAAAAUGGGAACAAAUAUGUGAUGAACAAGAGAAACGUCAGAAGGAAGCAGAAGCUACCAAAGUAUUUUGGGAAAAUUCUGGUAAAUUAGGAGAAUUAUUAAGAUCUCCUGACAGAAGACUUAUUAGAGAAUCUCGAACUCAUCCUUUGUCAAUACUUAAUUCUGGACGAUUUUCUACGCAUUGGUUUGUUUUGUUAACGGAUAUAUUUAUUCAUGUUACUGGUACUUCUCAUACAGUACAUCCACUUCAAACAUUAUGGAUAGAGCCUUUACCUGAUUCUGAGACAGUACAAAAUGCUAUAUCAGUGAUAGCUCCAGAAGAUACAUUUGUGUUAUAUACUCCAACGCCUUCUGAGCGUAAUGAAUGGUUAUACGCUUUACAAAAUGCUAUAAAAUGUAGUCUACAAAGGGUUAUUGGACAUAUACCUCCAAUAGUACGUUCUAGCUCAUUUCUUUUCACAAAGCACAGUGUUUUCAAAGAUGCAAAGUAUACUGGACGAUGGUUGAGUGGUAAGCCACAUGGUUCUGGAAAAUUAGAAUGGCCCGAUGGACGCAUUUAUGUAGGACAAUUUCAUAAAGGUAUUAUUCAUGGUACCGGAAAAAUGGAAAUUCCAUCACAGGGCGUGUAUGAAGGACAGUGGAAAGAUGGUCAACAGAAUGGAUACGGAACAAUGAAAUAUAACAAUGGAGACUUUUAUGAAGGAUAUUUCAAAGAUGGGUUACCUCAUGGGCAUGGAGUUAAAAAAGAAGGUCAUUUUAUGGCAUCUGUAGCAUCUGUAUAUAUUGGAGAAUGGGCUGCUGGUGUUAAACAAGGAUAUGGAAUUAUGGAUGACAUCAUGACAGGUGAAAAAUACUUGGGCUCAUGGAGUAAUGGUAUGAAACAUGGUUGUGGUUUAAUUGUAACAUUAGAUGGCAUUUAUUAUGAAGGUGUUUUCAUGCAAGACGUUUUAACGGGUCAUGGAGUUAUGGUAUUUGAAGAUGGUACUCAUUAUGAAGGUGAAUUUAAAUCAGCUGGAAUAUUUUAUGGAAAAGGCAUAUUAACAUUUCGAAGUGGUGAUAGAUUAGAAGGUAAUAUGAAUGGUGCAUGGAAUGAAGGAGUCAAAGUUAUUGCAACAUUACACAUGAACAAAGCUAGUGGAAAUAUACAAACUGAUUCAAAACCAAUGUCAUUUGGUAAAUUGUGUGUAUCACCAGAUCAGAAAUGGAAGGCUAUAUUUAGACAAUGUUAUCAGCAACUUGGUGUGCCUGAGUCAAAUUCAAAAGUGACUAGUAAUAAUGAGAAAUCAAUAGAAACUCAACGUGUUUGGCAAAAUGUUGCCAGUAUAAUAACUAAAUCACGUCAAAAAUCUUUACAACGAAAAAAGCUUUUAACUGUUGCUUCAAUUGGUACAGAAAAAAAUAAUGAAGGAACUGAUGAAUUAGACAAAAUCCCUUGCUUUGGAAGAGACAAGCUUACUACUCAAAGUUAUAAUGACGUUCAUAAAUAUUUGGUGAAAGCUUUUGAAAGUCAACACCACCCAUUAGGUGCUCUUUUAACAGAAGUUGCUACUGUGUACACAGCUACUUACGGUGGUGUAAGGGUUCAUCCUCUGUUACUUAGCCAUGCUGUUUCUGAACUUCACAGUAUUACUUCAAGAAUAUAUGAAAUAGUUACUUUAUUAUUUCCGGCAUUACCACGAGGUGAUAAAGAAUACAUAUUGGAGACAGAAGAUAGUGAAGAAGGCCAAGUUAUAAGUGCUGCUGCAAUACUUCAUCCGGUAUUAUUACCUCGAGUACAUUCAGCGCUUUUUGUUCUAUAUGCUUUACAUAAUAAAAAAGAAGAUGAUGCCUAUUGGGAAAGAUUAAUGAAAUGGAAUAAACAACCGGAUAUAACAUUAAUGGCUUUUCUAGAUAUUGACCAGAAAUUUUGGAAAAAUGCAAACGUAAUAAAUUUAAAUGAAAAUGGAUUACCGUAUCAAAGUGAACCAUACUUUAGUGAGGCCAUAGAAACUUUGCAGCAAUUGAAAACUACGUUUUCCCCGUUAGAAAAAUUGUUAGUCGUUAGAAAUACAUUUGAGCAAAUGACACAAGCAGUGCAAAAACAAUUGGGUCCUUCAUAUUUGUGGACAAUGGAUGAAUUGUUUCCGGUUUUCUGUUUUGUUGUUGUACGUGCUAGCGUGCUGCAAUUAGGCAGUGAAAUCCAUUUUAUAGAAGACUUCAUGGAACCAUAUUUGCAAAAUGGAGAACUUGGCAUUAUGUUUACUACUCUCAAGGCAAGUUACUAUCAAAUAUUGCAAGAGAAGAUUAAUGUGGGUGACUGAGUGUA